UUUUAUAAUUUUAUUCAAAUGAAAGAUAGACACAAUUCUUAGAAAUUAAUAACUGAAAAUGGUUGAUAAGUUUCCUGAUAAAAACGAAUUGCCAUUUUAUUGUCACAAAACUAACCUAAAUUUAUUGAGCCACUUAUGCUUAUUCUGUUCGCUUGGUUCGACUUGGCUUGGUGAUAUCGCUUCGCGCAACAGAAUAUUAUGUCGAAUAAACAUUUAUUUCUCAAAUCCGGAUUUCCGCGAGCACCUUUUGGCCUCGGAAUUGGACGUUAUGUCUGUCAAUUACAAAGAAUAACUUUAAAAUUUUGUAAAAAUCACGGUACAAGUAGAGGCGUGAGAAAUUUCAUAGAACAUGAUUUGAUUAACUAUGCAAAAGAAAAUCCAGGAAUAGUUGUAUAUGUUAAACCAAGAAGGCACAGGCAUCCAGUUAUUGUUGGCGAAUAUUUAAAUGGCGGUAGACAGUGGAUGGAUGUUGCCAAUUAUACUCGAGAAGAUAUCAUAAAAUGGAUGGAGUUGUUGCGUACACAAAUUCAUGACAGUCCUUCGUUAAGAUUGCGUAAACUAUGGCAUACAGACUUUCCAUCAAUCCAAGGGCCCUGGACACCAUUUACAUUUAGAAAUGCAAUAUUGAAUCUAGCACAAUUUCCUAAUAAGGAGCUUGGUGCAGCUAUUAAACUUGAGCCUACAGCAACGGAGCAACUCAUUGAAUUAUUCAAAGCUCAGCAGAUUAAAACUGAAAAUAAGACAGAUAGUGCUACAGAUGUUCAGCAAGAUUCUGACUAUGUUCAGAAGAUAUAAUUUUCAAUGCCAUUGUGAAUAAUUCCUCCAUCUUCAAUUUAUGCUGUACAUAUAUAGUAUAAAAGGUAAUGUCAUUUAUUUCAUAAAUAUAUAUA